AUGACCUCUAGCGGCCUGUCCUGGCAUACAAAUGAUGACACUCUGCGGGAGGGAUUCCAGAAGUUCGGCGACAUCCAGGAAGCUAUUGUCGUGAAGGACCGUGCGACCUUGCGCAGUCGUGGAUUUGGCUUUGUCCGCUUUGCGACAGAUGAAGAAGCCGAUGCGGCGAUGGCCGAGAUGAACAACGUUGAAUUUGAUGGACGCGUCAUCCGCGUCGAUAAGGCCUUUGACCGACCCCAGCGCCCCGAUGGUGGCUUCCAGGGUCGCGGCGGAUACAAUGCGCAACCUGGAUAUAACCAAGGUGGAUACCAAGGCGGCGGUGGCUACAACCGCGGUGGGUAUGGCCAGCAGCAGUCGCCCGGUGGCUACGGUGGCAAUCCUUCCCCUGGUGGACAGGGCGGUUAUAACAAUCAGCCGGGUGGCUAUGGUUAUGGCGGUAACUCUGGGUUUGGUGGCGGUGGUGGUGAGCCUUUUCCCUUUGUCAAACCCACGCUCCCUCGAAGAUCAUACUAA